CCAAGCAAGCUUCAACACCUUCGCUAUUUCUACUACAAACUAGUCACCUUUUUCAUCUCUUGUUGCUCUCACUCACCUUCCAUUCCAAUCAAACCCUUUUUAUUCAUAAACUAGUAUCUCAUGGAAGAAGACAAGGGACACACCCGAGAUGGCACUGUGGAUCUCCAGGGCCGCCCCGUUCUUGCCUCCAAAACUGGCAAAUGGAAAGCCUGUGCUUUCCUUGUUGCUUAUGAAGCAUUUGAGAGAAUGGCCUUCUAUGGAAUAGCGUCAAACUUAGUGAACUAUUUGACAAGCCAGCUUCAUGAAGACACAGUUUCUGCAGUGAGGAAUGUGAAUAACUGGUCAGGAUCUGUGUGGAUUACUCCAAUUCUUGGUGCCUACAUAGCCGAUACUUACUUGGGUCGGUUCUGGACUUUCACAGUUUCAUCUCUAAUUUAUGCCAUGGGAAUGAUACUUCUCACAAUGGCAGCUUCGUUUAAAUCAAUGAGGCCAACAUGCGCCAAUGGAGUCUGUAACAAGGCCUCGACUUCACAAAUUGCCUUCUUCUAUACAUCUCUUUACAUCAUUGCACUAGGGGCCGGUGGAACAAAGCCCAACAUAUCCACCUUUGGUGCUGACCAAUUUGAUGACUUUGACCCUCAUGAGAAAACCCUCAAGGCCUCAUUCUUCAACUGGUGGAUGUUUAGUUCUUUCAUUGGUGCUUUAUGUGCCACUCUAGGCCUUGUUUACAUUCAGGAGAACUUGGGAUGGGGAUUGGGGUAUGGUAUUCCUGCAGUUGGUCUUCUAUUUUCUUUGUUCAUCUUCUAUCUAGGUACUCCCAUUUACAGGCACAAAGUAAGGAAGACUAAAAGCCCUGCAAGAGACUUGAUUCGAGUCCCGGUAGCCGCCUUCAGAAACCGAAAACUCCAGCUCCCUGAUGACCCAUCAGAGCUUCAUGAAUUUGAGAUGAAAGACUAUACUAGUAGCGGAAAACGCCAAGUCCAUCAUACUUCAGUCUUUAGGUUCUUGGACAAGGCUGCAAUAAAGGAGGCAAACAGAGCCACAGGUUCAGGGACCACCAAGCCACCCUGCACAGUGACUCAAGUGGAAGGAACCAAACUUGUUAUGGGAAUGGCUCUUAUAUGGCUCGUGACCUUAAUUCCCAGCACCAUUUGGGCUCAAAUCAACACUCUAUUUGUCAAACAGGGAACCACUUUGGACCGACAUCUAGGCCCUAACUUCCAAAUUCCAGCAGCCUCUUUAGGCAGCUUCGUCACACUCUCUAUGCUCCUUUCUGUGCCAAUAUAUGAUCGUUACUUUGUGCCAUUGAUGCGUAAGAAAACUGGAAACCCUAGAGGAAUCACACUCCUACAACGACUUGGCAUCGGAUUUGUGAUCCAAGUGAUCGCCAUAGCAAUUGCUUAUGCGGUUGAAGUUCGGAGAAUGCAUGUUAUAAGAGUGCAACAUGUUAUAGGCACAAAAGAAGUUAUUCCCAUGAGCAUAUUUUGUCUAAUGCCUCAAUAUGUUCUAUUGGGGAUAGCUGAUGUGUUUAAUGCGAUUGGAUUAUUAGAAUUCUUCUAUGAUCAGUCUCCGGAAGAUAUGCAAAGCCUCGGAACAACAUUUUUCACUAGCGGGAUCGGCGUCGGGAACUUCUUGAACAGCUUUCUAGUGACAGUGGUGGAUAAAAUCACAGGGAGAAAUGGAAAGAAGAGUUGGAUUGGUGAUAACUUGAAUGACUGUCACUUGGAUUACUACUAUGGAUUCCUUAUGGUGAUAUCUGUGCUAAAUUUAGGAGCAUUUUGGUGGGCAUCUAGUAGAUAUGUCUACAAGAAAGAAACCAAAGAAGUGAACGAGGGUUGUGUUGAAAUAAUGGAGACCAAAGGAUUAGACACAACUCUAGGAUUACAAGUGUGAAA